AUGGCGGAAGCGAAUUACUUCACUUGUACACUUGGCGAAGCUGCGAGAUUGAAGCGAAAGGACGACAAGGCCAAAACAUGGACAACAGUGGUGGAUUUAAUAGAUGACCAGGCGGACAAGAACCCAGAUGCACCAGCUUUGGGCUUUGCAACAUUCACGCAUUUGAAGUCUACCCAAGUGUUCCGUCAUCUCCUCACAUUCCAACACCUCUCCGACACAUCAAAGCAUGCCGCCGGGAUACUUUCAACUCAUUUGCCAAAGGAGCCCAAGUCCCUGAAGAUAGGCCUUCUAUCGUCUAGUAGUACCGAGUUUGUCUUGACAUGGCUUGGUUUGAUGCGCCUGGGAUAUACUGUUUUGCUUCUUGCGCCUCAAUUGGCACCACCAGCGGUUCAGCAUCUUUGCGAGACUCUAGAUAUUCGACAUGUUUUCGUCGACGAAAUUUACGAGUAUAGAGCGCGCGGACUCUCCAACGACAUUGAGAUCAUCAGAAUACCUUCGUAUAAGGAUGAUUCACCGACAGAUAGCUUGGACCAGACGCCUGGCGUUUCUGAAACAGCAUACAUAUGCCACACUUCGGGAACCUCAUCAGGACUACCCAAGCCAAUCCCCCAAACGCAGUUUGGAGUGAUGGGGGCUCUGUACAGUUUUCCCGGGAAGAACAAACCAGCAACCUUUUCCGCGACUCCCCUCUAUCAUGGAGGAUUUCCGGAUUGUCUGCGAGCCUGGACCAGUGGUGCUUCGAUAUGGUUCUUCCCCGAAGGACAGGCUCCCAUUACAGGCGCCAAUAUCAUCAGAGCCAUCGAGUUUGCACGCUCGCACAGCCCAAUACCCGUCAAGUACUUUUCGUCAGUUCCCUAUGUCCUUCAGAUGCUGUCCGAAGAGUACGGGGGUAUCGAACUUCUUCAGACAAUGGACCUCGUUGGUGUUGGUGGCGCUGCUCUUCCACCAGCCAUAGGCGAUAAGCUCGUGGACGAAGGCGUGAAUCUCCUCUCACGGAUGGGAAGUGCAGAAUGUGGAUUUCUGAUGUCUUCACAUAGGGAUUACGCUAAAGACAAAGACUGGCAAUUUCUCCGGGCCAUUGAUGAUCCAAAGCUGAUCGAUUUCGAACCCCGCGAGAAUAACCUAUCGGAACUUGUUGUGAAGCCUGGCUGGCCUUUCUUGAUCAAGACGAAUCGCAGAGAUGGAUCAUACGCGACUUCUGAUCUGUUUGAACCACACUCAUCCAUCUCGAAUGCGUGGCGGUAUCAUAGCAGAGCUGAUGCACAAAUCACUCUUGCGAACGGAAAGAAGUUUGAUCCUUCGCCUAUUGAGGGGAGCAUACUUGCUUCUAGCAAACUACUACAGGAUAUUCUCAUAUUUGGCAGUGGUAGAGACUACGCCGGAGCACUUCUCUUCCCUUCCUCGAGCGACAUCAGUGCAGAUGAAGUAAUCGACGCAAUCUGGCCACAUAUCGAUAAGUUGAACGCGGACAGUCAAACACACACCCGAAUCAACAAAACAAUGCUGGUAGUAGUCCCUGUCAAAGAGGGUCAGAAGCCGCUAGAGAAGAGUAGUAAGGGGACUAUCCUCCGUCGGCAAGCUGAAGAGAAGUACUCGGAUGAAAUCGAAGGGGCUUACAGCAACACUUCAUCUUCGACGAAGAUCCCGCAAGAGGGGCUUCAAAAGGCGGUUCAAGAUUGCUUCGAGAAGGUCCUCGGCCGGCAUGUUGAGCCGGAUCAAGACCUGUAUCGCCAGGGUGUGGACUCCAUCUCUUGUAUACAAAUCCGAAAGCUACUCGAACAAACUUGUCUCUCGUCUGAGGAUGGGCGGCUUCCUCUGAACGUCAUCUACGAUCAAGGCACCGUCAACUCGCUCGUCGGGUAUUUGGAAAGAGCGAAUUCGGGUGACAACGAUUUCAAUGCCGACCCCGAUGAGUCAGAACUCAACCUCAUGCAAACUCUCGCUGAGAAGUACGGCACUUUUGACCCAGCCUCCCAUGAUGUUACCGGUAUGCUAGGUUCGGGAGCAUCUUCUUCCGGUAGUGGUGUCAAAACCCAAGCACAGCAAAAUCGCGAAGCCUUGGAUGAGAAGAAAAGGCUGGCCCAGAUGGCUAUGAAGAUUGUGCAAGACCCCAAUCACCGCCCCACGCGUGUCGUACUCACCGGUGCGACUGGGUUCCUCGGGGCGCAUAUCCUUCACCUUCUUCGGGAUGACCCAAAGGUCGAUAGGAUUUACUGCUUGCUUCGAGCCGACGGUCCAUUCGCGGCCCAGAAACGAGUCUCUGAAGCCCUCUUCCAACGAUUUCUACCACCUCUCGAACCACGCCAGGAUAAAGUCGUCUGUCUUCCGUGCGAUCUGACACAAAGAGAUCUUGGAAUUCCCGAAGCAUCUCUCCGGGAGAUUUCGACGACUACUACGAAGAUCAUACACUCAGCCUGGGCGGUUAACUUUAGUCUUCGACUCAACUCAUUCGAAGAUCACAUUUUGAGUACAAAGAACUUGAUCAACAUCGCUAUAGAGGCUGAUGCGCAAUUCAUCUUUGUCAGCUCUAUUGCGGCAGUGAGUGACUCUACUGCUCGACCGAUUCCUGAAAAGCUUUCUCAGGAUCCUAAAGAGGCUUCACCACUUGGCUACUCACGCUCCAAGUGGGUAGCCGAACAGAUUUGUGCUGCAGUUAAUAAGAAGCUUGACUCUUCUCCAGCCUCGAUCGCUCGGGUCGGUCAACUUUGCAGCAAUGGAACUGGAAUCUGGAAUACCGCCGAGGCGUAUCCGCUAUUGCUCUCAACAUCCAAGAUCACAGGAUGUCUGCCUGAUCUUCCAAAUGAAGUGCUCAACUGGCUUCCCGUUGAGCAAGCUGCCCAAGCUGUCGUCGAAAUUGCAUCCACGACCUCCAAUGGCUCCAAUGGCUCGGGGACGCCUGUCUACCAUGUCUUGAACCCGCAUACCACGCCAAGCUGGAAAGAAAUGUUGGACUGGUUAGCUGCCAGUAACGACAGUCCCGAGUUCGAGGUCGUCUCAUCAACAGAGUGGCUUGAGCGCUUGGAGAAAGCGUUGAGUGAUGACAGCGCCAAUCAUCCGUCACAGGCUCUUAUAGGUUUAUGGAAGCAGUCAUAUUCCAACGAGAAGGAUAAUGGCACCAGUGAGGAUCAAGAGAUUUCUUUAUUCGAUGUUGCUCAGACACAGAAGGUCUCUGCUUUAAUACGGGACGUUAAGCCACUGGCUCGCGAGCGACUGAUCAAGACUUGGAAGUGGGUGAACGAGAAUAUCAAGGGCUGA